AUGGCAAGCAAAUCGGGUGUUUCCGAGCUUGAUAAUGUGGGAACCACUUGGGUUAGGGUUGCUAGCACCAAGCUCGCAACUGGAAAUCAACCUCAUCCCGAGAAGGGAAAUCCGCCCUUGCACUUGGCCACGAGCGCUUGCUUCUUGAUCUCUUCGGCCUUCUCUCACAGCCACGAUGUCCGAUCAAGCUUCUCCCACAGCAGACCCUUCAUCUCCGGCAUCUUCGAGGCGAAGGAUCUCUUUGAUUUCGUUCAGAACCCAGAGCACUGGACGGCGGAGAUUGAUGGACAAGGGCGGCAGGUCCUGAGGCGUGGAGUGGCUAGAGUUGAGGGUGCCGAGCCAUUUUUGGCAAACACAACAAUUGUAUACAUUAAAUCAUUUGAUGCAAUCGACAUCUUUGCACAGCACAUCAAGGGUCACGAGGCGUUCCAGAAACUUGCUGCUGCGCGCGGCCUCGACUUGUACGCGCUCGACAAAUUCAAAGAGGCGGGCACCCUUUUCAAUAAUCACCGGUUCAUCUUGCGCAUCCCUCGCCCGCUCAAACCUUGUCAACCCAUCUGUGUUGCUCGCUUCCCAAAGAUGCUCUCACUCGCGGACUGCGAGGAAUUGUUUCACCGCUGGGAUGCGCUGAUGAAUCCGUCCGACAACCACCGCUUCACAUUCCAUUCGCCUGAUCCCGACAACCGCUCAGCUACGCCUGCUGCACAUUUUGGCUGUUGGUCGCACUCGCAGAAGGCGCCAUAUGUCACCGCGGACUCUCGUCAAGAAGAUCCUGUUAUGGAAGAACGCGUGGCGCAUUUUCUCAAGUAUGUCUGUGAGAGUGUCGUCCCUCAAGCUGGCAAGAUGUUGCAUAAGAUCGCGCCAGAGCAAGUCGAAAUCGCCAAAAAAGUUGAAAAGCGCUGCGUGCAGAAGUGCGGCAAGGUGCUCACAUCCCGCAAAUGGCUCCGCUUUAAGUAUUUUGCCACUCUCGCAGUCAAGGAGGGUAGCUCCGAGAAGGCACACCUUGAUUUCCUUGACACUAAGGAGUUAGCUACGCUCGCACUCGAGGUUGGUACUCACAAAACCACUUCCUUCUUCGUCCUUCCCCAACUUGGUCUCAAGAUCGAAUUCUGCCCUGGUGCAUCAGGAAAAGGCCUCCCCUCUCAUCGACCCUCACUGAGCGUUGAUGAGUCUCACCGAGGCAGCUUGAGCUGUGAGACGUCCUGA